CCUUUGCAUAUCUCUCUUGCAAUUAGGGUUUCCUCUUUAAGAGUGUUCCUCCUUUAACAAAUCUACCUCUUCAUUAGCUAAGGUUAUUUUGUCUUGUGAGGGGACAAAGAACAGCUUCCAAAGGACUUCACACAAGGAUAAAUAAAAAAGGUACUUUCUGAUCAUAGAAACAUACAUCACAAACAGGUGAAAAAAGAAUGGCAUCAUCAAGCUCUUACAAUUCACCUUGUGCUGCUUGCAAAUUCCUGAGGAGGAAAUGCAUGCCAGGUUGCAUAUUUGCACCGUACUUUCCACCAGAAGAGCCUCAAAAAUUUGCAAACGUUCACAAGAUAUUUGGUGCAAGCAAUGUGACUAAGAUCCUCAACGAACUCCUCCCUCAGCAGAGAGAAGAUGCUGUUAAUUCUCUUGCUUAUGAAGCCGAAGCUCGUGUUCGAGACCCCGUUUAUGGUUGUGUUGGUGCUAUCUCUUUCCUUCAGAGACAAGUUCAAAGGCUUCAAAAAGAACUUGAUUCUGCUAAUGCUGAUCUUCUUCGUUUUGCUUACAAUGAUAUCUCUCCUUCUCCUCUCCCUCCUCUUCCUCUUGUUGUUCCAAAUUCAUUUCAUCAACAAUUAAUUCCUCAAAGAGGCUUUACUACUGCUAGAUCAUUUGGUAAUGAUGGAAAUGCUUUUUACUCUUUUCCUUAUUCUAUUCCAUGGAAUGAUACUUCUGAGGAUAUAAAUGGAGGUGUAGGUGGUGGCGGCGGUGGUAGUGCUGGUGGAGUUGGAGGUGGAGUUGGAGGAGGAGGUAAUUUGUGAAUUAUGAAUUAUGAAUUCAUUCAUCUAUCUAGGGUUUGUUUGAGGCAUAAUGAAGAACUGCAAUUUGUUAUUUGAUUAUGGUAUGGUAUGGUAUUAUAUAUGUCCAUCUAUGGCUAUGCUAUGUAUGUAGCUAGCCUUAGUUGGAGUCUUGUGGCUAGUUCUACUAUUUUGUGGUUUUUUUAUUAUGUAAUAAUUUGAAGGCUUUUUCAUUUUUGUAUUAUUGUUGUCUAGUAGUUGAUGAGGAAGUGUAGUUUAAAAACCUAGCUAUUGAAGUGAAAAUGUUAAGGUAGGUCUGAAUAAGUUGGUAUAUAGGGCAUGCAUGAUGUAUGUCUACUACAUAUAUAUCAAACAUGUGUAGUUGUGUUAUGUGCAAACUCAACCUCAUCGAUCUAUAGCCAUGUGCAGUGUAGUAGUGUAGUUUGUGCAUGCGGAUUCACUUCACAUUCUCUCUCAUUCUUGUUUUUCUUUAUCAUUAACUAUAUUUUGUUUCUUCA